CGUUUCCAGCAGCAGCGCAUGCUCUCUACAAUUCGCACACGAUCAACAAUCCUGAAUUGUCAGUAGGGCUCAGUGGUCUGUGGCUGCAGCAUGUAAGGCAUCUUGCCUUUCCAUCGCGGCACAGCUACUCUCCAUGCGCGCACAAGCGUGCCAUAGGUGUAUCGCACGCUAGCCUGCCUUCGAGUACAGAUCAAAGCGUGCUCAGCGAAGACAUCCUUAGCAUUCGCUCGCCAGGAACGCACUUCGCUAUUCUAACGUUUAUUUCAUGCGCCAAGACAUGCACCUCCGUCGAAGAGGAGCGGUGGUGAUUCAAGGUCGAACGACAAUCAGGCAGCCCUCGCUACGGGCCCUUGCCGCCCAAGCCCGUCCUGAUCCGCUCGGCCCCGCCGGAAUCAGCAGCUAUCACCACUUUGAAUGCCGCCAGCCGCCAACAUCUCUCUGGUCGAUGAGAGAUGUCGGUGCCCAUGAGGUACCCUCCUUGGCAGAAUCUCGCCGCGGAGCAAAAUUUGCAGGCUCUCACGCGCGAUCUGAGCUCACAGUCACACCCGCAAGGUCCUCGAAGGAAGUCUUGGCGACCAUCAGCCACGUUCGACGGAGUUGUGAAGGUACUCUGAGUCCUUCGAGCGACAUAGCACAAGGUUUCAAAUCGUGGGCGCGUCCAUGUGUCAUGUCGAGCGUCCAGGUGCACGAGCACAGAAGCUUUUCGUGGAUCAUUGAGUGUUGCGAUACAUUACCUGGGAUAGCGGUUCACUUUGGCAGGUAUAAAGUAACUCCUCCAUGUAACGUUCCAAGCACAUCCAUCCAGUUCAAGUAGCUCGACCCCCACCCUAUUCAAAAG